GGCUUAUCUUACAUCUUAUCAAGACUGGAAGCAGCUUCCCUUUUGAGGUUCGAGUGUGUAAAGCUAUGCGUAAGUGAAUUGAAGGCGUAGUUCACAGGAACCCCGCUCAAUCAAAAGAUGAAUUCACCCGGGAGAGUUUUAAGGUAUUUUAGGACCUCGCGGCCUGCAAGUCUUUCUUCAAUAAACAACAUACGACCCCUCAUAAACCCCAUUCCUCACCCCGCGCCAAUUCAUUGCACUCGAUCGAGAAUCGCAUCCUUCAGUAUGGCAACUAAGGAAAAGCAAUUGGAAACAAGUGACCUGAAAGGUCUAGGUGGAACGACUGAUCUAUCACCAACUCCGGAGCCUCACCAUGAAAUCAAUGCUUGGUCUGGUCCAGGACAAGCAGCAUUCGAUUUCCGCAGCGAUGUGGUAACUACUCCAACCAAAUCCAUGUUAACAGCUAUUCAAAAUACUACCCUCUUUGACGAUGUCUUUGCUGAAGACCCAACAACCAAUUCGCUCGAAUCCUAUCUUGCACAGAUUACUGAGCAUGAGUCUGCCAUUUUUGUUCUCUCCGGUACCAUGGGCAACCAAAUUGCUCUCCGUUCUCACCUCAUUCAGCCUCCCUACUCUGUACUCUGCGAUCAUCGAGCCCACAUUCUCGAGUGGGAAGCUGGCGGAACUGCAUCUUUGUGUGGGGCUCUUGUGAAGGGAGUUGUGCCUAGCAAUGGCGUAUAUUUGACUCUAAAGGACAUAGAGAAAUCUGUCACUAUCAGUGAUGACAUACACUCAUGUCCGACAAGGGUUAUAAGUUUGGAAAAUACAUUGGCUGGUACGAUCAUGCCGCUCGAGGAGGUCAGGGCGAUUUCAGGAUUUGCGAGAAAACAUGGCAUCAAAUUACAUAUGGACGGAGCUAGAAUUUGGGAAGCUGUUGUUGCUGGAGCGGGAUCACUGACAGAUUUUACGAAGGAAUGUGAUAGCGUUAGUUUGUGUUUUAGUAAAGGAUUAGGCGCACCAGUUGGAAGUAUGUUAGUGGGCAAAAAAGAUUUUAUAAAGCAUGCUAGAUGGGUUCGGAAAAGUAUUGGAGGAGGACUCCGCCAAGCUGGUGUUUUGACCGCGGCUGCGAGAGUUGCGGUUGAUGAAACAUUUGGAAAGGGUCCAAAUGGAGAAGGGGGUCUCUUGCGCGAAAGUCAUAAGACAGCAAAAAGAAUCGCGGCUUUGUGGGAAGGAUUAGGUGGAAAGUUGCAGCAGCCAACCGAAACUAACAUGGUGUGGCUGGAUUUGGCAGAUGCGGGUGUUUCGGCGGAAGAAUUCGGAGAAUUGGGAAAGGAGAAAGGCUUAAAACUUUUUGCUGGUCGAUUGGUGGUGCAUUAUCAAAUCGGAAAUGAGGCGGUGGAGAAGCUGGAGGAGAUUAUGAAGGUUAUUCUCGAGAAAAAAGGAAAGGGAACUAUUGAAGUUGCGAAUAAGAAGCGAAAAAUCGGAGAGAAGGAUUAUGGCACCUGAGUGCUGUUCAUGCAUAUAAAAUGUCUUAUUGGGAUUUUUUGGAGAUAUAGGCAGAUGCCGUUCUCGUUAUAUAUCCCCUUCAUAUAUCUGAUGGUCGGAAUACCUAUGUAUGCAAGAUAAAUAGUCUGUAGCUAAGCUGGGCUAGUGCAGGCGAAAUCUAUAUUAGACAGAGAAGAUAAUUUGACGAAGAAUUGUCAAAAUGAAAACAACAAAAACCAGAAAUUCAAUCAAAGAUUGCCA